CAACAAACCGUCGUUGGUUCAAUUUGGUGCUUGGGCGAUGAAACCCGAUCGACCGUUUGGAAUAAAAAAGCGUAAAAGAUGUCCGGGAUCGCGUAAGUUUCGUGUGAGCAUUAAGAAACUUGGACAUUCAGAAGUUGAAAUGCAAGAUGAAUGGGGAACAUCACAAACAUGCGCGAAUUGUCAGGAACGUUUUCCAAGGCACACAAAAGAUGAUCGAUUUAAAGUGUGCUACGAUUGUAGAGCGAAAAAGAUUGAUGGCCUGCCAGAUUCAGUCGCUGGACUGCCAGAUAUCAUUGUGUCAACGGUCAACAGACGUGUUUUGAGAAGAAAACGUGCAAUUAUUAAGCGACAAAUUAUCGAUGGCAAUCGUGAGGCUGUGAACGAAAAACUUCGGACUGGGCGUUUAAUGUCAAAGGUUAAAGUUACCUACAAAAAUUGGCCAUUAAAUGUUGAUGAUGAUGAUGUUGUUCCACAAACAGUUACUUGGCACCGAGAUAUUGUUGCAGCAAAAUGCAUUAUGCUCAAAGGACUUUGCCGGAUCUUUGAUGUACCAUUGCCAGUUUCAUUGUUAAGACCGCCGGACUAAAACAACAAUGUCAACUAACAAACAUCAUCAAUUAAUCAUACAUUCAAAAAAUUACAUAAAAUAAAAUAUUUUAACUAUUAUAGUUAGCUUAGCUAGACAUGAACAGACUAUAUAAAGUCUUGUGGUCUAGUUGUACAAUAGUACAACAUUGUACGGAGGGGGAGUGCCCGUAGGUGAGUAAAGUUUUUAAUUUAAAAAAAGUAUUUUAUACCCAGUUCAACUGAUACUAAUGGUUGUCUUUCCCUUUUUCCAUGUUUUCACACCUGAAUGUUCCACCAUGCCAAACCUAUGGAAAUGACUGAAACUACACACGAAUCUA